CCACAUCUCAAGAAGACAGCGCCUGCCUGCCCAAGCCUCUUGCUAAUGCUUUCAGUGGCUCCGGGUUCUGACCUUCACCACCCGGCUGAGGGUCUCUAGGAUUCCCGAGCCAUCCAGCUGUGGGAGCCCAGGGUGUUGUUACUCCCGAGAGUGAGGACUGGCUGGUUAGCAACAGAGCAGGAGCCCCGUGGGGCCGCUGGCAGAGGCCCGAAGCUGGAACCGUCAGGGAACAUGAGUGAAUUCUGGCACAAACUGGGCUGCUGCGUGGUCGAGAAGCCUCAGCCGAAGAAGAGGAGAAGACGGAUUGACUGCACCAUGAUCGGGGAACCCAUGAAUUUUGUCCACUUGACUCACAUCGGCUCGGGAGAGAUGGGGGCUGGAGAUGGACUUGCCAUGACAGGGGCCGUUCAGGAGCAGAUGAGAUCCAAGGGGAACCGAGACAGACCAUGGAGCAAUUCUAGGGCCUUGUAGCUCCCAUGGGACUGGCUCUGCAGUCUUGGAGUCCCCGUUCCAUGUCCAGCCCAGAAGAAAUGCCGCCCUCACCAGAUCCCUUCUACACCCAGUGACCCAAGGCUCCUUCCUCCCCUCUUCCUAACAAGUGCCUCAAAAGGCAUGGGGGCUGGACUCCCUCCACUCCCUCUGGCCUCCGCCCCUCCUGGAGAUGGGGUCAAGGCAGCAGGACUGACCAAGUGACUACUGGGGGGCCAGAGGAGCUCAGCCCAAGCUCUGGGCACCCUAGACCUGAGCUGGGGGUUCUCUGGGAACCUGGAAUGAGUUCCCUGCUCCUGAAUGAAGGUCGGGUGCCACCUGUUUAAACUUCUUGCCUUUACUCUUUUUAACGGAGGCAGGUAGGUGAGGGGACUGCAGCUGCCCCCUGCCCUCUUUCCUUCUGGAAUGAGCAAUGCAGUGGUCAGGGGGCGGGGUUGCCACUGCCCAGUCCACGCUGGGUUUUAGACCAGAAGCUCACAGCCCUCCAUGUCUCUCUGCCGGCACCAGGGUCUUGCUCCAGUUAGACCUCUAAUCCCAUGCUUCUGUAGUAUUAAUAGCUUCCCAGAAAUAUUCUUUUUUUUUAAUUAAUUAAAAUUUUAAUUUAAGAUGAGUUCUUUUAAUUACCCCCAUCCUGCUGCUGUCUCUGUCCUUGCCCCGUCCCUUUAGGAUCCUUAUUGUUUCCCAUUGAAGAGGAGGUGAGGACUGGAUCUUAAUUUGACUACAUUCCACUUAAGACCUGAGAGUCCUGGCCUCCCCUCCGUUAGCCUCCCUGCUGGCCAGGUAAAGGAAGAGGAGGGUUCUGUGUCAAAGCCAGGAUGUAGCAAAACUAGCUGUAUCUCAGGGUGGACUUCCUGUUAGGAAUGUGACCUGGAGAGGGAAAUAGGAUGAAAGGACUUCGAGCACAGGUCUUAAGAUCCUUUAUGGAAGCCUAGCUUUUCAGCUCCAACAGUGUGGACAGUUUGGGCUGCGUCAUUCUUUGUAAUGGAGGGCUAUUCUGCAUACUAGAAACUACAGCCUCUCUGGCCCACCCUAAUGUGGCAACCAAAAUGCCCCCGGAAAUUGCCAAAUGUCUCCUGGGGACAAAAAUUACCCACAGUUGAGAACUGCAGCUUGAGAGCCAGGAUAGGUUUUUUCUUACGUGAUUUCCACAUCCCUCGCCCCCCCCUCCCAAGUCUGGUUAUUCAGCCUGAGCCACGGGUGAGCCAGCACCCUCAGGACAGGCUCAGCAGAGCUGUGCAUCUUCUUUGAACGUAGUGCUUGUGCUUGCGUGGGCUCAAGUCUCUGUGACAGACACACGUACGUACGGUGUGUCUCUGUCUUUGAUGUCUGCAAGAGGGCCUCCCACAGUUCAGAGACGUGAACAGGGCAUGCUGGGAUAGGAGAACAGGGCUCAGUGUCUCUGGAGACACUGGCGGUGCCGCCCGCGCGCUGAGCCGCUCCGUGCUGCAGUCCUUGAACCCAGCGUAAGACUCAGGGAGUUUGUUUGGAAGAUCGAGUGUCACUCACCACGUGGCUGAAGAUCCUGCGAUCGAUCGAUGGGAAGCCCUGUAGGAGCAGAGUCUUUGGGCCCUUUGUUUUCUCAGGUCUUUUUGUUCUGUCCCUUUCUUUGCAGGCUGAUUAGAAAGGCAGAACAAGACAGAUGAGCUGCCGCCAGUCCUAGAAGACAGGGCUGGGGUCUCAUUAGCUCUGUAAUAGGAAGCUUGUUGUGUGGUAAUGGGUCAGGGCUGUGGAAGCUGAUCCACCCCUGCCGGCUCCAUCCAGUUACCCCUCCCGUAGCGACUGAGGUUUCCAUUUGUCCAGAGCUCGGUGUGCUCCUGUAGUUUCUCAGGCUCUAACGUUGGUCGUGGACGUCCAUUCCCAGUUUGCUGACUCGCAGUUCCGGUCAGGUCGGCCUGCCUCCCUGAAGGGCGCUUACCUUGUUGCCCUAGAGGAGCUCAUGAGUGGGAGGCUACAUGAACACUUGCAGGCAUGGUGGACCUGUGCCCACGGGGCGGCACGCUCCCAGGAAAGCCAUGCACAUCAGGUCACAAUGGCAAAGGGUUGGACACUGUGGGGUUAACGGGAGGGGAUGAGGUGUGGGUGAAGCCGAGGUCCAGCCUUUGUUAACUAAUUUGGACACAGUCUUCUCUUGGCUGCUCUCCGGCCUUGAGCUACCUUCUCUAAUGUGUACGCCACCACCACUUAACAAAGUGACUGGAAUGGGUUGAGAGUCAUAAUUUAUAUUAAAAACCUGAUGGACUUUUAAGAUACAUUUUUCCAAUAAAAGAAUUAAGCAAAA